CUGGUCUCGUGAACAUAACCUUGUCCCUUUGCAUCAAUACGUAAAUAGUUUUAACGAAUUUGAAAAUGUAAAGUUUAUAUUUAUAAAAUGACACGUUUAUUCGAUAAUAUCAAAUUAUUUAAUCUACUCAAGGUACCAGUAAGAUUUAAACACCCUCCUCACCAUUGGUCAGUUUUACAAAAAAAAAAAUCACAUAGUCAAAGAGCACUUGACCACUUCGAUGACUUCUACAAGAAUGUUUAUGGCCAAUCCUGGUCAAAUAUUAGAUCUGCAUUGCUUGCUAAAAAUCACAAGUACAUUGCUGUUGUCAAUAAUUUUAGUGAUACUACACGAAUAUGUCAGGAUUUAGAGACAUUGGGUGCAAUGAAUAUGAAAUUGAUAUAUGAUGCAUCUAAGAAGAAUCAAGCAAUACAACAAGAAUUAAAAAAAAAAAAGAAAGUAUUGAAAGAGAUCAAAAGAAUAGAUCAACAACUGGAUCAUAUUGUAUCUGAAACCAAAUCAAAGUAUUCUAUAUAUCCCAAAUCUUAUGAAAUUGAUGCUCAAGUUGUUGAGAAAACUACAUUUGAUGAUAAUAAGUCAUUCAAACCUGUAAAGUUACAAUCGAUUGAAACAGAUCUAAAUAUAGUCAAUGAUUCUAGUCGUAUUAUAAUGCCUUCUUCUGGUAUAACUGCUGAGCAGUUGUAUGAAUACAUACCUGCAACUGAAAUCAAAGGCAUGGAUGAUUUUAUUCUGGAGUCAGAGCAUUAUGGUCACUACAGCAAAGGAGCUGACUUUGUUAUUCAGAUAGAGGAAGACCAUACAUUAAAUUUUCCUGAUCAACUUUUAAUAUAUACAUUUGAAGAAAGUAAUGAUAUGAUUUUUCCAAAAUCCAAAACUGGUACUACUAAAGUUUCAGAUUAUUUUAUUUUGGAUGGUGCAUCAAUACUCCCAGUUUUGUCAUUAGAUUUGAAACCAGGUGACAGACUAUUGGAUAUGUGUGCUGCGCCUGGUGGAAAACUGAUGAUUGCCUUACAGUCUUUGAUACCGGAGAUUAUUGUAGCUAAUGACGUCCAGCAAUCGCGAAUCAAUAGGAUAAAUUAUUUUAUUAAUGAAUUUCUCGGAACAAUGAAUUUCUGGGACAAAAGGUUUUUAAUAACGCAAAAUGAUGGCAGGUAUAUCGAAGACAAAGAUAUUUACAACAAGAUCCUUGUCGAUGUACCUUGUACAACAGACAGACAUGUUCUCCAUGAGGAUGACAAUAAUCUCUUCAAAGCAUCAAGGAUCAAAGAAAGAUUGAAAUUACCAGAAUUGCAGACUGAACUUUUAAAAAACGCUUUAAAACUUGUAAAGGUCGGCGGAACUGUAGUUUAUUCUACGUGUACAUUGAGUCCUAUUCAAAACGACGGUAUAGUUCGAAUGGCUCUUAAAAAGUCGUUUGAAGAAUCGCAGGUAGUUCAUGUUGUCAAAGAUCAAACCCGUGCAUUAGAUCCACUUCGGUAUUUAUAUAAUUUUGGAAAUUACGGCCUUAAAUAUGGCCAUAUUGUUAUACCAUCCAAGAGUAGAAACUUUGGUCCCAUGUACUUUUGCAAAAUCAUAAGAGUAAAAUAAAGGAAAGGAACUGUCUGUUCUGUAUUGUGUAUAUUGUGGGAGUUGAGUUUAUUCCACGGUUGUUCCUCACCAGUGCCGAACAUGGUAUAGAUCAACAUCUCUAUUAUGUAUAAUCCAACCAUUAAGAAGAAUAUCACUCGCCAACUUUCCGUUGUGGCCUAUAAAUAUUAAUGCUUGAUAGAGUAUGUAAACAUAAAUUUUAUUAUACCUUUGAAAUGCUGUCAUUGAAAUAAUAACUAACACACAAACUCGUGAAAAAUUAAUUAUAUGACUAAGCUUUGUCGAGAAAACUUUUAUCCGAGUCACGUUACUCUAGCUACAUUAAACUAUGAUACUAUAGACUCGUAACAAAGCUUUCACUCGUUUACUGAAGAAAUAACCGUUGAAUAUUAAGACUAUUAACUGAGAAACGGAGCAAAAUAAUUAAGCACAAGUUGUUUAACUUAGUGAAAACAAUUCUAUAAAGAAAUAAAAAUGAUUUUGUUGUAAUUUUUUAACAUUAUUUUUUCAAAAUAUUUGUUAAUAAUAUAAGAAAAGAAA